UACAACUCCAUUACACGUUUCAAGGAAGACCCGAUCGUCAGGUCACAGUCUACACGUUCUGUUUGACCAGCGCCAAGAAAAUGAUUCGACCUGUGUUGUCAGCGUUGCUCAUCGCCUUUGCUUUCCAUCUGUGUUUUCUGUCAACAAGUCGCGGUGAAGAUGUUGACUGCACAACUCACAACCUUUCUGCAAACUGUUGUGCUGAUGCCUGUAUGUUCCUGAACUGCACAACCGAUAGUAUAUCAGGCUGUUUCAAUCUGACAAUCAACAUGACACAAACCUGUCCGAAGUCAAACCUGUCUCUGGCAAUGACAUGCAGAGGAGAAGAACCGACAACACCCACUACCACCCCAAAAUGAUACUACUACUCCUACAGCCAUCGUAACAAGCCCUACCACGCAAAAUGGAUCAACCAGUACUGUACCUGUGACGUCAUCAGUUACACCGGAUGUAUCGACAUCAAC